UUACUCUAUUCGAAAUCGCUGUUCCAAUUGAGUCAUGCACAACGCUACACUUUGUACAUUCCUGUGUACGUUUGUGUCAAGAUGUGUUGAGUAAUUGGAAAGCACCCCAUGUAAUUCUUCCACCAUGUCUGCAUCCCUAUCGCAGUGUACGAAAAUCAACCAAAAUGCAAGAGUCGCGGUAUAUCGCGAACGCGUGUCAGGAUGAAUUUUACACUGCUGCCGCAAAAUAUUGGGACCGCAUCCCGCCCACAGUGGAUGGGAUGCUAGGAGGCUUCGGGUUUAUCUCGCAGACUGAUAUAAAAGGCUCUACACUCUUCUUAAAAUCUCUUUUUGAGAUAGAAAAUCCACCUUCUAAAGCAUUUGCCUUAGAUUGCGGUGCUGGUAUUGGUAGAAUUACAAAGAACUUAUUACUAAAAUUUUUUAAACAUAUAGAUCUUGUUGAACAAAAUCCAAAAUUUCUAGAGGUAGCAAAGAUCUCCUUGGAAAACUGUUCGUCGAGAAUCGGCCAAUAUUAUUCUAUUGGAUUGCAAAACUUUUGUCCUACGCCAAAUAAAUAUGAUCUUAUAUGGUGUCAGUGGGUAUUAGGACACUUAGAAGAUAACGAUUUAAUAGAAUUUUUUAGAAAGUGCUCAUUGAGCUUGAAAGACAAUGGUGUGCUCGUGGUGAAAGAAAAUAUCACAACUUCAAAUAAUAUGGAAAUUGAUAAGGAAGACUCUUCCGUAACAAGACCAAUGAAAACCUUGAGGUCUUUAUUUGAAAAGGCUGAUCUUAUUUGUAUUAAGGAGCAACAGCAAACUAAAUUCCCACGCGGUUUAUACCCGGUUCAUAUGUUUGCCCUUAGACCAAGAAAUCAAUGAAUCAGUCAAUAAUGCGCAAUACAAAUCGAAUAUCUAA